ACACUAACAAACCGUCCCAUCUGUUUUUGCCUUCUUUCUGAUAAAAACAAAAUGCUGAACAUAGAUUGCUGCCUCACUCUCAUUGUAGCGUUUUCUUUCAUAUGGGCACUGAAGAAGGUAAUCGGAGGGCAUGCCAAGUUGCCACCUGGCCCCCGUGGGUUGCCUUUGGUCGGCUACCUUCCGUUUCUUGGCCAUAAUCUCCACCAUCUGUUCAUGGAAUUGGCCGGCGUUUAUGGUCCAAUUUACAAGUUAUCACUGGGAAAUAAACUCUGUGUCAUAAUAAACUCCCCAUCCUUGGCGAGGGAAGUUGUCCGCGAACAUGACACCACGUUUGCGAAUCGCAACCCGAAUAGAGCGGCGUUGGUUUUCUCCUAUGGAGGAAACGACAUUGCAUUUUCGCCAUAUGGUCCCAAAUGGCAAUUUCUGCGCAAGAUUUUGGUGCGGAAGAUGCUGAGUAAAGCGAAUCUUGAUAACUUUUAUGCGCUACGAAGAAAUGUCAUGCUUAAAAUGUUGAAGGAAGUGUACAGAAAGAGUUGUGAGGAUGUGGCUAUUAACGUCGGAGAAUUGGCAUUUGUAACAGUGAUCGACAUGAUAUCGAGCAUGUUUUGGGGUGGCACACUGGAGGAAGAGAAGGGGAAUAGUGUUGCAGUGGAAUUUCGCACUGUGGCAUCGCAGCUGGUUGAUAUAAUGGGAAAACCGAACGUCUCAGAUUUUUUUCCUGUGAUUGCCAAACUUGACUUGCAAGGAAUUGAAAGGAAAAUAAAGAAAGUCCGCAGAGAAAUGGAUAACAUAUACAAUUUGGUCAUAGAGAGAGCAAGAGAAGGACUAAAACAAUCUGCAAGGAAGGAUUUUUUGCAGUUCCUCUUAAAGUAUAGAGAUGAAGACACAGGAAAGUCCAUUUCUGUAGCAGAAAUCAAGGCCAUGCUUAUGGACAUUGUGGUGGGCGGAACAGACACAACAUCAACAAUGGUCGAAUGGACCAUGGCAGAGCUGAUACUACAUCCUGAAGUAAUGCAAAAGGCACAAGAAGAAUUAGCUGAAGUGGUGGGACUCAACAACAGUGUCGAAGAGUCUCAUGUCCAAAGAUUGCCAUAUCUACACGCAGUCGCCAAGGAGACCCUAAGAUUGCAUCCUGCAGCGCCACUGUUGCUACCGCGUUGCCCAACCCGUUCUUGCACGGUCGGUGGUUACACUAUACCCGAAGGUACCAAAGUUUUCUUGAAUGUCUGGGCCAUGCACAGAGACCCUGAGUUUUGGGACAAUCCAUCUGAAUUUCGUCCGGAGAGAUUCAUAUUGAACGAUGCUAAUGGUAAGAAAUUGGACUUUUCUGGGAACAACUUCGAAUACCUUCCGUUUGGGUCGGGUCGUAGGAUCUGUGCGGGGCUUGUUUUAGGGGAGCGGAUGUUGAUGUACGUUUUGGCUUCGUUACUGCAUUCAUUCGAGUGGAAAGUGGCCGAAGGGAGCGAACCCGAUACUACGGAAAAGUUGGGCAUCGUUUUGGAGAAAGCCAGGCCUCUUUUUGCUGUUCCACAGCUUAGAUUGGCUAACUUGGAAGCUUACGGGGAAUGAGUUGCCCGAUCUCCUAUGGUGCUU